AUGGCUGACCCGAAGUGGAAAGAGCUCUAUCGCUAUUCAGCGUGUGACCUUGCAGAUGCACUCCUGAAACUUAACGUACCAGGAGCAGGAUUUCUAGCAGAUAUUGUUGCAAUACCCCAAGCCGGUCCAGAACUUAAAGACAUGCGCCGAAAGGUCGUAGCACCAGCAUCCACUUUCCUCAUGGUCCCCAAAGCGUCUGGAUCAUUCCCCAAUCCUGCCGCGAUUCCAGAGGACACCCCGCCAUCGAACCUAAAGGACGCUACUCCGUACUCUGAUCUUACCUCAUGGGGUACUAUCGUUGUGAUAUCACAGCCUCCGGGCCAAUCAUGCGCAGUCGUGGGAGGAAUAAUGGCUGCCCGUAUGAAAUAUCUACAAGCUCGUGGCAUCGUGGUCGAUGGGCGCGUUCGCGAUCUGGGUACGUUGAGGGAAUUAGGUCUGCCGGUCUGGUCGCGCGGGACCUCGAUCAUUGGAGCAGGGGCGGAGACGAAGUUUCAUGCUAAAGAAGUGCCUGUUAAGAUUGGUAAUGUCACGGUAGAACCUGGAGAUAUAAUCAUGGUUGAUUAUGAGGAAAACGGUGCGGUUGUAGUUCCUAGCGGAAAGGUCGAUGAUGUGCUGCAAUUGCUGCCAAAGCUAGUGGGGGCAGAUGAGAAGGUGAUCAAGGAUGUAGAGAGGGGUGUCAGUGUCAAAGAGGCAUUCUCCAAACACAGAGGAUAG